UGGAGGGCGCUGCUGCGAGAAAAUGGCGGCCUCUCCUCAGGCUGCCGCUGGAGGGCGCCGCGACGCCGUGGCUGGUGCGGUCGGGGCAGGGCCCUGCUCGCCCGGUGCCUGCCGGACGAGAGCGGUGUCUGCGGCCUGGUCUCUCCUGACGUAGGGAGAAUUCCUCCCGGACAGCCAUGGAUCGGUUCUCCUGGACCAGCGGGCUGCUGGAGCUGGGAGAGACGCUGGUGCUCCAGCAGCGCGGCGUGCGUCUCUACGACGGGGAGGACAAGGUGAAAUUUGAUAGUGGAGUACUACUGCUUAGCACACACAGAUUAAUAUGGAGGGAUCAGAAGAAUCAUGAAUGCUGCAUUGCUAUACCUCUGUCUCAAGUUGUCUUUAUUGAAGAGCAAGCAGCUGGGAUAGGAAAAAGUGCCAAAAUAGUAGCUCAUCUUCAUCCUGCUUCUCCAAACAAAGAGCCCGGCCCAUUCCAAAGCAGCAAAUACUCCUACAUAAAACUUUCUUUCAAAGAGCAUGGGCAAAUUGAGUUCUUUAGACGAUUCUCAGAAGAAAUUACACAAAGGAGAUGGGAGAACAUGCCUGCUGGACAGACCAUUCAGGUUAACAAGGAUCCACAGGCAGGAAGAAUAAGAGCUGUAGGAAUUGUAGGGAUCGAAAGGAAACUAGAGGCAAAAAGAAAAGAGACUGACAAAAACAUUUCCGAGGCUUUUGAGGACCUUAGUAAGCUAAUGGAGAAGGCUAAGGAAAUGGUGGAGUUAUCCAAGUCAAUUGCUAAUAAGAUUAAAGAAAAACAAGGUGACAUCACAGAGGAUGAGACUAUUAGGUUCAAAUCAUAUCUGCUGAGUAUGGGCAUAGCCAAUCCAGUUACUAGGGAAACACAUGGAUCUGGUACUCAUUACCACAUGCAGCUGGCAAAGCAACUAGCUGGAAUGUUGCAGACACCAUUAGAGGAGAGAGGAGGAAUCAUGUCACUUACAGAAGUGUACUGUCUGGUAAAUCGUGCACGAGGAUUAGAGUUGCUCUCACCAGAAGAUUUAGUAAAUGCUUGUAAGAUGCUGGAGCCACUGAAAUUACCACUACGGCUUCAAAUAUUUGACAGUGGUGUGAUGGUGAUUGAGCUCCAGUCUCACAAUGAAGAGGAAAUGGUUGCUUCUGCUUUAGAGACAGUAUCUGAAAAGGGCUCUCUCACAGCUGAUGAGUUUGCAAAGCUGGUGGGAAUGUCUGUUCUCUUAGCCAAAGAAAGGCUGCUUCUUGCUGAAAAGAUGGGCCAUCUUUGCAGAGACGAUUCGGUGGAAGGCUUGAGAUUCUACCCAAAUUUAUUUUUAACACAAAGCUAAUGUAGUCUGUGUGCAUUUGCUAUGUAACAGCUGAACGUGAGAGCAGAGAGCAGAACCUUUUCAAUAACAGACAUUGACAUUUUUUACUUUGUGUCAACUGUAACAGUGAUGAACAUUGCAACACUUUACAGUUCUCAGGUAUUUCAAGUGCUGAAUCAUCUUGUGUGGAACCAAAAGGAAAUAAGAAUCACUAGGUCAGAAACAUGUUAAUUGGCUUAAGCUGGCUAUCUCACAUUUCAAGUUCCAUUCAAUGUGCUUUGUAACUUCUCAUUUCAAGAGGAGUGAGAUGAAGAUUGCACAUGAGUGAAAAUGAAGAGACCCUUACAGCCUGCUAUGAGAGUCAGCACCCAGAACACAGGUUAUUGCAUACUCCAGUUUCAGUUAAUUUCAGUGUCUGGAGCAACAAAGCAGACAGAUUUGCAGUAAGAAUAGAGACUUUGGCCUGUACUGAGGUGUAGGGAACAGUGCAGAAUAACCCCAUCUCUCUGAGGUGACAAAGUUUUUUAAGAAGAUUCUUGGUUUCUUUGAGAUGUAAGGAACCUGCUGCAGGAGAAAUUAACAUGUGUUAUGUGAAUCUGGAAAGAGUAUUCAUUUUGUCAUGUUUUAUACUACUAUCUCAGAUAGAAGCACUGUUAGUAUCGACUUCCUCCCUUCUCUUUCUUUGCCAUCUCCCUUCCUGUCUCAUUGUGUUGCACUUUGGGUGCACGUUCUCUGUCCUCUCUUUAUACAGCACAGUGUGUAGUAGCCUCCUGUCACUCCACCAGACUCAAUUCUUUACUUUUUGUUUGUUUUUCAUCUUGUACUUCUAAUGAAAGAUCAGCAGUUAGCUUCAUCAGCCCAUUGCCUGUUUUGGAGAGACAGUGCAUUUCUUCAUGUCUCAUACAACAAAAUUAAUGUGCUUUUAAUAUCCAAGGGAAGAAGGAGGCUAUCAAGGUAUGUUCUAUAGUCAUAAGGUGUCUUUGUUUGGUAUUCCUCACCGUGUUUUCAGACUGGAUGCAAUUUGAUAGCCUCAGCUUUUGUAACUCCAGUGGAGUUGUUACAUUACUUGGAAAUGUGUUGUCGUGGUAAUAGCGGUAAGUGGAUGCUUAUGAUCCACGUCACUUAAAUUGUCAGCUUUCUGAAUGGGCUGGUUUCAAUAAAUAAAUAAUAAUAAAAAAA